GCCUUGAUCAGCGGUUCUACAUCUCUUUCUCAUUCACUUCCUUCUACAAUAAUCCUAAAAUAUCGUAAUUUUUUCUGCUUCCUCCUCUCGACUGAAGUGGAGGAGACUGAGAAAGAAAUGUCUUUCUGGAGUAGGAAGGCGAAGAGCAUGGAGAGAAGCAAAGAGUGCAGUCAGGCCAACUUGUUCAGCUGCCACCUUACACUACAAAAUCCCUCUUCCCAUGGAACAUAAGAUCACUGAGGAUGAGGCUGCGCUCUAUGACCGACAGAUUCGUCUCUGGGGUCUUGAAGCCCAGCACAGAAUGAGAAACGCAUCAAUCUUGAUCGCGGGCAUGCGCGCGUUGAGCAACGAGGUCUGCAAGAACAUUAUCCUCGCAGGUGUGGGAUCUAUCACGUUGCUCGAAGACGAGGUCGUAACAGAGGAGGAUCUUGGAGCUCAAUUCUUGGUCCGUAAGGAGGACGUUGGCCGUAACCGCGCCGAGGUAGCAGCGGAAAAUGCGAGACACUUGAACCCUAGAGUGAAGGUGGUUGUGGAUCAGGACGACAUUGCGCAAAAGCCGGACUCGUUCUUCACAGGAUUCAAUAUUGUGUGUCUUACAGGAUGUGACCCAGGGCAAAUGGAUCGCAUUGACAAUAUCUGCAGGGGCACAAAGACCGGACUCUAUAUUGCAGGGGUGCACGGAUUUUUUGGAUACAUCUUCUGCGAUCUCACUAAACAUGAAUACAGAGAGGAAACACAAGAAACCGUGACGGAAAGGGGGAAGGAGCCAGAGACGACGAUCACACAGCGGAGCCAGAAUUAUGCUAGCUUAGCAGACACUAUGGAGGCACGUUGGGGAUAUCCAAAGCCAAAGGCAUUGAAGCGCAAGGUCUCGCCACUGCUCUUUGCUAUUCAAGCUCUUUGGCUGUUCCAAAAAGCACACAAUGGAAGACUGCCUCAGAGCAGCAAUCAGGGAGACCUGGACGCCAUGCUGAAAUUCAGAGAUGAGCGACUGAAGUCUGCUCAAGUUGAUGGCGCUUUUGUCGACGAUGAUCUGAUCAAGACUCUUGUCGCAACUGUAUCAGCAGAGAUUUCGCCUGUGUGCGCCAUUGUAGGGGGAUUCCUUGCACAGGAUAUAUUGAAGACACUUUCGGGCAAGGAUGCACCGUUGCUGAACUACUUUUUGUACAAUGGUACCGAAGGUACUGGGCUGGUCCAUCAUGUGCAGAAGACAGAGGCAUAAACCUGCCUUUCGACUUUAUUAUCCAGCUCACCAGUACCGGAAAAAUAAAAAAAAAAGGCUAUACCAGCCAUCGACCAGAACAAGACACAAAAUUCCUUGGUGCGAUGGACA